AUGCUCUCUCGCCUGACAACUUUGUAUCACAUUCUUGCCUGUAUCCUCCAAUACUGUUCUGAGGAAUUCCUGAAGACUCGACUUGAUGAUCUCGAAAGAGUUGAUGAUGGCAUUGAGUGGAGUCCUGAACUCGUGACUCGCACUUGCAAGCAUGAUCUUCUGCAUCUUGAUUCUGUUCUUGGCUUUAUCGAGAUUGAUGAUGUCAGUAGUGUCAAUGAAGACAUGCAUUACAGAGGGAACACCCUUCCACUCGAUAUCCAGAGACUUGAUAUUGAAAUUCCUGCUGACUUUUCUGUUCGUUUUGUCUUGACUAUUGGAAACAUCUUUGUGCUUUGGUCAAUCUCUAUAGAAAGUGAUGACUUUGUACUGUUCAUAGCCAUAAUUGCAAAACAAAGUAGUAAUUCAUAUUCUGACCCUAUACUUACUGAUAUCAAAAUGGUUUGCACUGGAUGACUGCAUUCUUCCUGAGUCCUUCAGAAUGUCCCUUCUUCUGGCCAGGCUCUCCCAAAUAUUCAAGAAGUGUUCUUAUUUCUUGGUAGUUGCUCUGAAUGCCAUCAUUCUUUUUCACAACAACUUGAAUCUGAUCCAGUCUGUGAAUCUUUUGAUCAAGAGCUUGGAUUUUGCUUUCAAACUGGUCAUUAG